AUGCACAUACAUCCCUUAAGAAUUUCGGGACAAUCAAUCUCUCCGCAGGAUUGCCCUAAUACCCGUCAGAUCAUCAUCGACUUCUUUCUUAACCGCAAUAACAAGUUUGGCUUUGCGAAGUCUGCUAAAGUCCCAACUAGCCUUCACUACAUCCGCAACUCUGCGGUUACCCUCGCUGUUAACCAUUCCGUCAAGUACUCUGCCAUCCUCGCAGAGUCUCCACCUGACCUCUCUUCCGCUCAUAUGGAACCUGGGAAUGUCUUUGAUCUUCGACAUUGUGGUACAUUUGUCGGCUUCUCCUAUCUCGCUCGCAUGACCUUGGUCGACAGAGCCGCUGUCCCGCGUGUCCUGCCGAAUACCCGUGUCCCUAUGCCACAGCUUGACGCCUACGAAAUCGACGGCGAGGCACUCCAAAAGUUCCCGAUCUGGUCGAAGGUCUCCUAA